AAACGGCUGCCUGGGAAGCAAAGCGGGAAGCGAAGAGGGGGCCUAAGGCUCCUCCUGCUUGCCUGCCCUGUCACCAUGACGAGCAGCCUUGCAGAAACGCCUGUCUAUCCCCCCCCCCCCAUCUGACAGUCACUCUCACAAGCCGCCAGGGGAGGGGAAGAGGCGGCGGCAGCAGUAGUGGUGGUGGUGGCAAAGGCAGCUCUGGCUCUUAGUUACUCUCUCGCUUACUCAUUGCUGGGAGGUGGGGGAGGGCGCACCUCGUGGAGGCGGCAGCAGCGGCAGCAGCAGCUUGCUUUCCUCACUUCGCCAGGCACAAGUUAAAGAACAAAGAAAGAAGCAGCGGUAGAGAGAGCGCGCCGGUCUCAAGUUACUUUCAGUUCCAACCAGACCUCGGAGCACUGUCCAUUCAACGCACUAGGCGCCGUUUAAGAGCAGCGGCGUGGAGAGAUUCGCCUUGUUCCCGUCCUCUCCCCUGCCUUUUCCAAGUUUUUUCCUGGCCCUCUGAGUAUAAGAGUUGGCAUCACGAGGAUAGGGCACAAGGAGUUUCCAAGGACCAAGAUGAAAACUAAAAAAAGUGCUGUUGUUGCAAUAUCUGGUAGUGAGACAGAUGAUGAUGACAGCAUGGAUGUCCCUCUGGAUCUGUCCUCUUCUGCCAGCUCCAUCAAGAGGAGAAGACGGGGUAAUCUGCCCAAGGAAUCGGUGCAGAUUCUUCGAGACUGGCUAUAUGAGCAUCGCUAUAAUGCUUAUCCUUCAGAACAAGAGAAAGCACUACUGUCCCGACAGACACAUCUUUCCACACUACAGGUCUGCAACUGGUUUAUCAAUGCACGCCGCAGGCUUCUACCUGACAUGCUGAGAAAGGAUGGGAAGGACCCAAAUCAAUUCACUAUCUCACGAAGAGGGACUAAGAUGGCAGAUGGCAGCCCCAUGGAAUUCUCUAUAGGCUCAAAAACCUGCAUUCCACUGAUUGAAAGCUCAUUCCUCUCUGGUAGCACAGGACCAAACAAGACUUGUAAACCCCCUUCCCCAGGGUCAGUUUUGGCUCGACCAUCGGUAAUUUGCCACACCACAGUAACUGCACUGCAAGAUUCUCCUUUCCAUUUUGGUCAACCAGCUGGUCCUGGUCAGUCCCCAGAUGAUCUGCAGCGGGCCUCACCUACCAUCUUCACAGACAGCUCUCUCAUAUACCAUGAGGAUGUAUGUAAGCUGGGACCUAGUACAAAUGCACAGAGUGGGCUUUUCAACACUCCCCCUCCUACUCCUCCAGACCUCAAUCAGGAUUUUAGUGGAUUUCAGCUCUUGGUGGAUGUUGCACUCAAACAGGCAGAGAUGGAACUGCAGGCAAAACUCAUGGAAUAAGCCCUUUUUCCCCUUAUUUUUCCUCUCCCCUGGCAGGGAUGUAAUAGAAAAAAGUGGCAACUGUCUACAUGAUAUCAAAGACUAACUGCAUUAUUUUUUUAAUUAAUCUUAUUUGCACAAGGGAUUGCUGAAUUGAAGCUUCCUGUCACUGAAGUGGUCUUCAGUGGAGUACAGUCAUUCCAUAAACUUAAAGCUACUGUAGAAACAAAAGGGUUUUCUUUUCUUUUUUAAAUAAAUGUUUCUUAGUAGGUUUUUCAUAAUGUGAGAUGGUUCCCAAAAUCAUGUGAUUUGUUUUGUUAUUAUUUUCAUUGUUGCUUUCAGACUGUGCAAUAUUUAGUAAUAAGAUUAGUCUUCAUAUCAUUCCCAUGUGGAACAAAAUAUACCAACAGACUGUCUUAAAACAAUUUUCAGAUUUUAAAACAAGUUUGAAUUUGGAUGAUUAUACUUUUUCAUGAUGUAAUAAAAUAUUUUCUUUAACAGUU